AUGGCGAAGGAGCAACUAGCGUUGCAUGUGUUUGGCAUUCCGGCGGGCGUAGGAGGAGCAGCGCUACAACUUCGCCCUUCCCGCACAUCACUGACUCACGGAGGGCCAAAUCUACGUCUAGUUCUUGAGCGAGGAGGCCAUAGUGGCUAUGGACGAGAACGCCGGCAACUGCGGUUUCGCACCGGGCCGCUACAACCACAAGGGGCCCGCGUUGGAGGUGCCUUGAAGGGGAUUGAAAGGGGUCGAGGGGGUUUGAAUAAAGGCAGCUCCGCUCCGCCUCCCCCCGCCCCGAGCACAGAAGAGAAGGGAGGGAGGCCGCCCCGAGGGAACGGAAGAGACGACAUGGACGACUACGCGCGGGAGAUGAUGGAGCUCAAGACGCUCGUCACCCGCACCCUCGAGAAGAAGGGCGUCCUCGCCAAGAUUAGGGCUGAACUGAGAGCAAGUGUGUUUGAGGCUAUAGAAGAGGAGGACCGUGUGAUAGAGGAGAACGAAGAUGGCGGGAAUCCUGCUUUGCUUGGUAGCUGCAACGACCGUGCUAAGCAGCUGCAUGCUUCACCGUCAGUCUCAAUCACAUAUGCCUUCAAUGUUGAAGGUCUUCAAUAUUCGGCAAAAUGUUUUUUUGCAAGUAGGUUAUUAACAGCACUUAUAGGUGAAUACUUGGAGUGGGCCCAGCUAAGUCACACGAUGAAAGUUUAUUUGCCAGAAUGUAAUCUGCCCAAGGAUUUUUGGAAGAAUGAGCUAAAGGAUUUCUCUAACAAAAAUGGAGCUGAAGGGAGCAGGAGCGCUGAGAGUGGUCCCAUGCUUCUAGAUGUUCUUGAAGGAUAUCUCAAAUAUGAGAAUUUGUCUCAAACGAGGAUGGCUGGUAGGAGAAUGAUCAAUUCUGAACCUGAGCCAACAUUGAAUACUGAGCAUCGGAACAUGAGGAGGCCACCAUCUUCAUCUUCAAUCGCUGGCAUGCCUCCUAUGGGAAGGCAAAUGCCACCUUCGCAGACAUCAGACCGAAGAGGGGGCUCUUCUGCUUCCAAUACAAGGAAAGAUGAGUACAACUGGGGAUAUGAUGCUGAUGAUCUCUCGGAGGAAGUAUUGCGUACAUCCACUGCUCUAGAGAACAUCCAGUUAGACCGGAAAGCCCGAAACCUGACGACAUCUUGGAGGCAUCCAGGCAGUGGUGCCGAGUAG